AUGCUCCAAUUAUAUUUCAAUCUUGUACAAUCGGCCGUGCCUGCGAUCACGAUAUCCAUGCUGGACGUGGAUCUACAUCCCUCGGAAAUGAGGCAAACGUUAUUUCUUAAGGAAAUGGGCUUCCAUGUGCAAGGGGAAGUCUGGUCUGGUCUCCAGGCGCAUCCAGGGACCGCUCGCUGGACUAUACGUGAAACGUCCGGCGUCCAACUUGCCAGCCUCGAGGUUGGCGUUAAUUUUGAUAAACUUGUGGAGCGCACGAGGGAUUCCUGUGCAGGGAAUUUCCAUCAAUUGCACUCUGUGCGGCCCUAA